AUGGGGACUCCCGGGGCCCAUCACCGGCCACCUCCCCAGCUGCUGUUCCUGAUUCUGCUGAGCUGUCCCUGGCUUCAGGGCUUGCCCCUUCAGGAAGAUGAAGUCUUGCCAGAGCCUGCAAGUGAGACCCCCACCGUGGCCACCGAGGCACUGGCUGAGCUGCUGCAUGGGGCCCUGCUGAGGAGAGGUCCGGAGAUGGGCUUCCUGCCGGAAUCUGACCCAGACACCACCCUAGCAACCCCUCCAGCCGGCCAGACUCCUGCAGCACCCUACCUGCCACGGGCCACCGAGCCAGCCACAGGGCCUCUGACCACGGCUGUCACCCCUCAGGGGGUGGGAGGGGCAGGGCCCACCGCCCCGGAGCUGCUGACCCCGCCCCUGGGAACCACGGCCCCGCCCCCUCCAGGCCCCGCCUCCCCGGUCCCCCCUCUGGGACCUGAGGGAAGUGAAGAGGAGACCACGACCACCAUCAUCACCACAACCACUGUCACUACCACAGUGACCAGUCCAGUUCUGUGCAAUAACAACAUCUCGGAGGGUGAAGGGUUUGUGGAGUCCCCAGAUCCUGGGAGCGCUGCCGGCCGCAGCCUGGGGCUGCUGGACUGCACUUACAGCAUCCACGUCUACCCCGGCUACGGCAUCGAGAUCCAGGUACAGACCCUGAACCUCUCACAGGAGGAGGAGCUUCUGGUGCUGGCUGGAGGGGGGUCUCCUGGCCUGGCCCCCCGACUUCUGGCCAACUCCUCCAUGCUUGGAGAAGGACAGGUGCUUCGGAGCCCCACGAACCGGCUGCUGCUGCACUUCCAGAGCCCGCGAGCACCCAGGGGUGGCGGCUUCAGGAUUCACUAUCAGGCCUACCUGCUGAGCUGUGGCUUCCCUCUGCGGCCGGCGCACGGGGACGUGAGCGUCACUGACCUGCAUCCCGGGGGCACUGCCACCUUCCAUUGCGACUCAGGCUACCAGUUGCAGGGCGAGGAGACUCUCAUCUGUCUCAACGGCACGCGGCCAGCCUGGAGUGGGGGACCCCCCAGCUGCGUAGCGUCCUGUGGAGGCACUAUCCACAAUGCCACCCUGGGCCGCAUCGUGUCACCCGAGCCCGGGGGAGCGGCCGGCCCCAACCUCACCUGCCGCUGGGUUAUCGAAGCAGCCGAGGGGCGCCGGCUGCACCUGCACUUCGAGAGGGUCUCACUGGAUGAGGACAAUGACCGGCUCAUGGUGCGCUCUGGUGGGAGCCCCCUGUCACCGGUGAUCUACGACUCCGACAUGGAUGACGUCCCGGAGCGCGGCCUCCUCAGCGACGCCCAGUCCCUCUAUGUGGAGCUGCUCUCAGAGACCCCUGCCAAUCCCCUGCUGCUCAGCCUCCGCUUUGAAGCCUUUGAAGAGGACCGUUGUUUUGCCCCCUUCCUGGCCCAUGGCAACGUCACGACCACAGAUCCUGAGUACCGCCCAGGGGCACUGGCCACCUUCACCUGCCUCCCAGGCUAUGCCCUGGAUCCCCCAGGUCCUCCCAAUGCCAUUGAGUGUGUGGACCCCACGGAGCCACACUGGAACGACACAGAGCCGGCCUGCAAGGCCAUGUGCGGAGGAGAGCUGUCGGAGGCUGCUGGUGUGGUACUCUCUCCGGAUUGGCCACAGAGUUACAGCCCUGGCCAGGACUGCGUGUGGGGCCUGCAUGUGCAGGAAGAGAAACGCAUCUUGCUCCAAGUGGAGAUCUUGAACGUCCGUGAAGGGGAUAUGUUGACCCUGUUCGAUGGAGACGGUCCCAGCGCCCGCGUGCUGGCUCAGCUGCGGGGCCCUCAGCCGCGCCGCCGUCUCCUCUCUUCUGGGCCGGACCUGACACUACAGUUCCAGGCACCGCCAGGACCCCCAAAUCCAGGCCUGGGUCAAGGCUUCGUGCUGCACUUCAAAGAGGUCCCCAGGAACGACACAUGCCCCGAGCUGCCACCUCCGGAGUGGGGCUGGAGGACGGCGUCACACGGGGACCUGAUCCGGGGCACGGUGCUCACUUACCAGUGCGAGCCUGGCUACGAGCUACUGGGCUCUGACAUUCUCACCUGCCAGUGGGACCUGUCCUGGAGCGCCGCACCACCUGCCUGCCAGAAGAUCAUGACGUGUGCCGACCCAGGCGAGAUCACCAACGGCCACCGGACUACCUCGGAUGCCGGCUUUCCCGUGGGCUCCCAUGUGCAGUACCGCUGUCUACCAGGUUACAGUCUGGAGGGGGCGGCUGUGCUCACCUGCUACAGUCGGGACACAGGCACCCCCAAGUGGAGCGACCGUGUCCCCAAGUGCGCCUUGAAAUAUGAGCCGUGCCUGAACCCCGGGGUCCCUGAGAAUGGCUACCAGACACUGUACAAACACCACUACCAGGCUGGCGAGUCCCUUCGCUUUUUCUGCUACGAGGGCUUUGAGCUCAUCGGUGAAGUCACCAUCACUUGCGUGCCCGGCCACCCCUCCCAGUGGACCAGCCAGCCCCCACUCUGCAAAGUGACCUAUGAGGAGCUCCUGGACAACCGCAAACUGGAAGUGACCCAGACGACAGACCCUUCCCGGCAGCUGGAGGGAGGGAACCUCGCCCUGGCCAUCCUGCUGCCCCUCGGCCUGGUCAUUGUCCUCGGCAGUGGUGUUUAUGUCUACUACACCAAGUUGCAGGGAAAAUCCCUCUUCGGCUUCUCGGGUUCCCAUUCCUACAGCCCCAUUACCGUGGAGUCAGACUUCAGCAACCCGCUGUAUGAAGCCGGGGAUACACGGGAAUACGAGGUCUCCAUCUGAACCAGGACUGAGGCUGCA